UUUCGUCUUAUACACAACAGAUUUGAAUGCUGUUGAAGUGUUGACACUGUUAUAUAUAUUAAUAAGGUUUAUCAAUAUACAAGAGACACAGUGUGGGUCCGGGACAGUUUUCUAGUUAUUCAUACAUUGUUGAAUAUAUAAAAGACGUUUCUAUGACGAAAAUGGCGGGGAAGUGGUUGAAAUCUCUCGUGGUGGUGCUGGUGAUAGCAGCGGCGGCGGCUGAUGUGCCCAUUUCUGAUGAGUUGUUCUACCGCGCGCCGCGACUGUUCCGUAUGGAUGACUUCGACAAGUGCCAGUUCCAGAACGCCACCUUCUGCAUGGGCGUCUUCGAGAUCACACCCGAGGGUGAGCGAGGCUACAAACUCUACCAGGAGAUGAUAAAAGUGUCCGAGAAUGGUUUCCGUCAAAAUCGUUCAGUGAUUCACCGCGCGUCUUGCCUAGCUCCACGUGAUGAAGAACAAGACCUGUCUGCAGAGCUGAAGGAGGAAGAUCCAGUUGUUAAGUUCGAGCGCUGCGUGAAUCGUGAACUCAAGAAGUAUGAGUGGCACGCUCGUCUGAAGAAACUCCAGUACUGCAAGAGCAAACAGAACGCUGGCAUUCGUAAAAGGGACUUAACGGAUUGGCUCGUCGCGGCUGUAAUCGGAAUCAUUAUAUUCAUGAACGUUAUUGGCACUCUUUACGAUUUAAAAAAAGACCCCUGUGUUAAACCCAACAAGUUCCUCAUGGCGUGGUCGCUCCGAAGCAACUGGAGCCGCCUCACUGCCGUGCACAGCGGCGACCAGCGGCUGGACGCGCUCGCCCCCAUCCAUGGCAUCAAAGCACACAUGAUCAUUCUGACCAUCUUCGCCCACGCCACCUUCGCCAUGACUAUGGUCUACCCGCAUGAUGAGAGGGAAGUGGAUGAAAUAAGUGACUCCAUAGCGGGCACCAUCGGCUCUAACGGCACGAUCUUCGUCCAGACGUUCACCAUGGUCUCCAGCUUUCUGCUGGGCUACAUGCUCCUUAUCAGCUUCGAGAAGGCGAAAAUGUCGCCCAGCAUCACACACUGGCCAUCCAUCGUUUUCAGCAGAUACAUGCGAAUGGCUCCAUCUCUGCUAUUCGUGGUGGGCCUCACCGCCACCUGGAUAGCUGGAUUCGCGAGCGGCCCCAUGUGGUACCUGGUCGAGGAGAUGGAAAGUGCUUGUCGAAAGAAGUGGUGGUCGCAGCUACUCUUUAUCAACAAUAUUGUGGCGCCGGAUGACCGCUGUCUUAUUCAAUCAUGGUUCUUCGCGGUAGAAAUGCAGCUGUUCAUGGGGGCCGUGAUCUUGGCUCUGCUGCUGGCAUCAAGACCUCGUCGUGCCCUGCGUGUCAUCGGCGCGCUGUACGUGCUCACCCUGGGAGUCAACUUUGCUCUCAACCUGUCUUGGAAGAUGCAGCCUGUUGUGAAAUUCGCUACAACUGAUAACGUCCGAACUAUGGCGGUGGGAGUGGAUUCCUACACGUGGAUGUUCUCAGCCCCUUGGACCAGCGUUCCAUCCAACCUGCAUGGGCUUUUCCUGGCCUUUCUCAAGUACCAGCUCGAUAAGACCGGCUUCAAGCCCGACAAGCAUAAGUGGAUUACAAAGACAACAUACAUCGUGUACGGCUGCAUGAUCGCGUGGCUGCUGGGGGGAGACCUGGUGAAGCGCACAGACGAUCCAUUCUGGCUGGCGGUGUACGCCACGCUGGACAGAAACGUCACGAAUCUCAUGGUCACCUUCCUCGUCUUCGCUUACAUCCACGGGCAAGGCGGCUUCGUGGUGCCAUAUCUGAGUUGGGGCGGGUUCCAGAUCAUGAGCCGCGUGGUGUUCCCGGCCAUGCUGGUGCACUGGCACGUCAACCUCAUGUCGGUCGCUGCCUACCCCGCGCCCGUCCACGUCACCUUCAAUACUGUGAUGCUGAAUUUGAUGUCCAGCAUAGUGGUGACGACGAUGUUCUCUAUUCCGCUGCACCUGCUGGUGGAGCUGCCGAUGCAGAGGAUGCUGAGCUAGGUCACACUUCCAAUGAAGAAGUU